AUGCAGUCAGGAAUCACAGUCUCCGCGGAGCUUCAAAAUGCCUUCAGCCACUUCAGCAACGACAGCUCAAGCUUCUGUCUACCCAUCACCAUUACCUCCGAGAGUCUGACACCAUUGACCCCGUUGUUAUUCACCGAAUCCAAUUCUUCGCCUGAAUCCUUCUUCUCCUCGUUGCCCCAGCUCUCUUCCGUCCUACAACCCAAGACACCGAUCUUCCUCUUGUUGCGCCGUCCUACCAAUGCAUCCUUUUCGCUCAUCGCUCUGACUUACAUCCCAUCUGAUGCGCCUGUUCGGCCUAAGAUGUUGUUCGCUUCAACCCGCUCCACGCUGUUUCGUGAGCUUGGUGCUGAGAAGUUCGCCUCGACUGUGUUUGCCACCGAAGAGGCGGGGAUCCUGGAACGUGAUGCGUGGCGGGAGCGCGAUGGGGAGAUUAACCAGAUCCGGAGAGAAGACUUGAUGGGUGAGAAGGAGCGCGAGCUUGAGAAGGUUCGCAUGGCUGAGGCUGAGGCUCGGAGCGGCCCGUCGCAGAGAGAUAUCGGAAUCGGUGGAACAUAUGGACCAGGCUCUGGGUCUGGCAUGAAGAUAUCCAUGCCGGUUGAUGAGGCGGCUAAGACUGCGCUGAAAGAGCUACAGGAGGGAGGACUGGUUCAGCUGACUGUCGAUAUCCCCACGGAGACUAUCACGCUUGCUGAUUCCAAGUCUGGUGUUGAUGCGGGCGACGUAGCCUCGCACAUUUCUUCAACUUCGCCCCGGUACUCCUUCUACCACUAUCCGGGCUCGGAUGCCGUGGUAUUCGUGUACACUUGUCCCACCGGCUCAUCUAUCAAGGAGCGCAUGCUGCACGCCAGCUCGCGGAGGAAUGCUAUCGCGAUCGCUGAGCAGGAAGGCCUCCAGAACUUGAAAAAGAUCGAAGCUUCGUCCCCAGAUGAGAUCACUGGAGAAAGGUUGCAGGAGGAAGUUGAGCCGCCACAGAACCAGGGUGCAGGGCGUGGUUUCGCCCGCCCAAGACGCCCCGGUCGGUAA